CGCUAAGAGUGCUUCUGGACUCGAUACUACUCCCAAGGCGGAACCCACAUUCGUUACUACUGUAUCAUGAAACUCCUCUCCAGCCUUGUUGCUAUUGUCCUCGCUGUUGCCGUUGUCGAGGCGAGCAACGUUCACGAAGAACGCUCUCAUUCAGCUCGUCAUGCCCACAUUGCCCGUCGGGGAAGCUCAUCCAGCAAGCGUUGCAAAGUGAAGAGCUCCUCUUCCUUCCCCCACACGACUUCGACAACCAACAAUCCCCCGACCUCUACUUAUGUGGCGCCGACGACCUCUGUUGCAGCCGCCCCUGCGUCGACCCCUGUCGCAAACUAUGUUGAUGACAGCAAAAGCAGCGUAAAAGGGGCUAUUGCAGGCUUGAUCAGCGUCAAGUCUAAGUGUGGCGAUAUCGGUGCCACGAAGGACAUCACCGCUGUUAGCGGUCCUAACGGUAACAUCGACUGGUUAAACUGUGGACUCAAUGAUGGCGGUUGGAGGCCUCCAUUCGUCCAUAUAUCUGACCUCAUCGCUGCCGACCUGUCUACUGCGAUCAAGGACAAGAGCAGCCCCUUUAAAGCAUGCAGCGAAUAUAUAGGGCUCUUUGAGAAGUAUGGUGGGGAAUUUAAUGUUCCGCCUAUCAUGCUGGCUUCGUUUGCCAUGCAAGAGAGCAGUUGCAAUCCUGCCACUGUUGGUGGUGCUGGUGAACAGGGCUUAAUGCAGAUAACCAAGGACAAGUGUGGAUCGGCGCCUGGCGGGAAUUGCAAGGAUCCCGACUACAACAUUCGCACAGGCGCUCAGUUUUUUUCUGAUACGUUGAACAGCAAUGGUGGUGAUGUCCUGAAGACCAUCGGUCAGUACAAUGGCUGGUCCCCGCAAUUGACUUUUGGUCAGGCAACUGCCGCUGCGUCCACAUCGUGCUGCAGAUGCCAGAACAACCUGGACUACUUGCACCAAUUCGUCAAUGGUUGGUUGCAGAAUGUAGACGCGUACACCAUGAGGCCCCGUCUUGGAAAGUACUUCAACCUGGACCAGUGCGACUGAAGUCAUUCGAUGUGAUAUUGCACGUCUUUUCGCUCUUUUCCUAUAGCGCUCGUUUUUUUCCGCUGUCGUACAUCGAGUUUGAUUAAUUUCAGCUACUAUACCCUGUGGUGCUAUAUUUAAAGGUUCUAGUAUGGCUCAAUUGAAGAGUAGCCCUGUAACAUUCUCGCAAUCUAUACUGUUCAUGU